AUGCAGGAGGGUGGCAGGUCCGAGGUGCUCGUGAGCAACGUGAACGACUGUAACUCGGCGAAAGUGUGCCUGGAUUUGUUACAGCAAUAUGUCAGCCAAGGUGAACGAGAUGGUGCCAACCUCAAAGCGGCGCUACAGAAGCUGGGUGUUGCGGACGAUGAGAUGCAUGGAGACGAUCAUUGUGAAUGGGCGGGGAUCUAUUGCGUGGAGAGCGGGCAUUGUGUGGAAUUCGUCGAGUUGCGGAACACGAAUUUGACAGGCCGGCUAUCUGUGGAGCUCGGCAAGUUGACCAGACUUACCCACAUGUGGCUCGGUGAGAACCCGCAACUGUCUGGCAAUCUCGGGACCUUGAGCGCCCUUGCGGAUCUCGUUUUGCUGGAUCUGCGGAACACGAAGGUCACAGGAGAGAUAAACGCUUUGAAGAAUUCGAGGAAGCUGCAACGUGUGAAUCUAUUCCAUACGAAGGUUUACGGGAAGCUGGAGGCUCUCUCAAAUCUGGUGGAACUCAAGGAGCUGGACCUAUCCAGGACAGGAAUCACAGGCCGCUUCGAAAUUCUGAAGAACUUCGACCAUAUGACAAAGAUAAUGCUAGCGGAGACGCAGACCAGUGGUCAGCUGAAAGAACUGACAGAUCUUCGCGAAUUGAGUCACCUGGAUCUGUCCAAAACGAACACCACCGGAGCCAUUGAGGAUCUCUUGGGCUGGAAACAUCUGAGAGAGGUCUCGCUGCGAAAUACAGGGGUGACCGGACGCCUGUCUGCCAAAUGGCUCGGAAUGCUUAAAGAGCUGAGCGCUCUGGAUUUGGCAGUCCGACACCCAGGCCGGUUUCGUGCCGAUGACAGAGGAUGUACCGGAUCUUUGAAGCCGGAGGUCUCUGGAUGUCCGCUGAAUGCCAUGGUGGAGGAUUUCGUUUGGUCUCUUGCUCAAUCAGAUCGUCUUGCAAAAGUGACAGCCGCUCGGUGUAACCUGACCGGCACGCUGCCUUACUUUGAUGAGCAUGCACUAUCAGUUUCUCUCCAGACGCUGGACUUGUCCGAGAAUCGGAUCACUUAUGUCCAGGGGCUAGUUGCCGGGGGCCUUCUUUCCCUUGCGAACAAUCCCAGCAUUUCCUUCGCGCCUGGCGUCCUCGCCAACGCCAUCCACCGAAUGGUCAGGAUUGACCUGAGAGGAGUACGUGUUACGGAGGCGCAGGUCGACAACGAAACCACGAAGCUGUUGGCAAAACUUCGUGGAGAGACGCUGGUCCAGAUCGACAACGGGCGGCUUCAGUGCCACAAGCUGAGCGGCACUGUGCUGGACGUCACUCCGGGUCGCUUCUUGUCCGACCAGUUUUGCAGCCCCUCUCCAGGGCAUGCGCGCCUCGCGGCCACGGACGUGACGGGUCAUCAGUGCUUCUUUCCGGCUAAAGAGCGAUGCAACUCGACGAACAGCAGGAGCGAAUGGAAACAGCUUGGCUGCGCCGAAGGCUACGAGGGCGUUCUUUGCAGCAUUUGCGGGGAUGGUUUCCGAAGCAGCGCCGGCCGCUGCAAGAGGUGCACGGAAGACCUUGAGCAACUGCGUCGGUGGCUUGCCGGAGCUGCGCUGCUGGUUGCGUUGGUUGCUGCAGGUCUAUAUGUUUCCUGGCGGAACUGGUCCAAGCGGCUCCCGGAAUCGCAGGAGCCAAAACCGAUGGAUGCCCUGAUCCCGCUGCUGCUUGGGCAGGGCCCCGUCCUGUUGCAGUUCGUGCAGCUCUGGGCACUUCUUGCAGCCCUUGGCCCUACGAAGACGGCUUAUGAGGCGGAUGAGCAGCUCGUGCAGGAGGAGCUGUCCCGUUGGUUGGAGCUGACAGCAGCCGGCAUUGCUGACGGGAUUAGCGUGCAGUGUAUCUACGGCAGGCUGGCGGUGAGCUUCAGCGCCUUUGCAUCGCCGAGCCUGCCACUGUGCUUGCUGAUGCUUUGCCUUCUCGUGGAAGUCCUGGAUUGGAGUGGAAAAGCAUUUUGGCGUGGCAGAGGGCUUGGCGUGGACUUGGCAUUGAAGGUGCUGUUGUUUCUAUUCAUUGGUGGCGCGGCGAGCUGUGAGAAGCUUCUGCGGUGCCAGGAUGUUGAUGCAGGCGGUGAAGAAUUAGGCGGUUACGCAUACCGCUAUGCGCUGCCACAUCUGAGGUGCUCAGACUUUACUAGUGACCAAGCCGUCUGGGCAGCUUAUGUGGGAUAUGGCUCUGCCGUCGCAUACGGCCUUCUCGUCCCAAGUUUCCUGAUCUACCUCAUCGUGAAGCAGAACGUAGCCCUGGCUCCGAAUCGGCGCUGCGUGUCCUGGGCCGAAGUAGAUGAGCACGAAAAGGUGACGGUGCGCGCCAGCCUCCUCGAGUUUGCGAGGAAGGAUGGCAAGACGGACGAGGAAGGAUCCCAUUUGCAGACCGGGCCUUUUGCAAUGAGUUCGGGAUCCUCGACAGGCUUCGGGAAUGAGGGAGCAACGAACCUUGUAGCUGGAACAGGUGUAGGCUACCACCAUUGCGUUCGAGAAUCCAGUUUUGACUGGCCGUGCACUGGUGGGCCACGACUCACCCAGUUGAUGAGUCCACUAGAGUCGAGAUCAGUGAGUCUUGCGUUCGUUUGCAAUCUGGAAGACAACGGCCUCGAUUUGUUGGCCUUCGGAUCCCUGGGCAAGUUUGCUGAAACCAGCUUGAUGCUCCAGCCACGAGUUCUUUGCAGUGGAAUCUGCAUCUGCAAAGCACUCGCGCAAGGAUUGAUUAGAGUGAAGUUAACGCGUUCGAAAGCAGGGAAGUUUCACAACAGGUUUGCACAAGGAGCAAGCCCCGGCCACCUGCAGAGCACCGUUCCGUACCACGCACAGGACAGCCAGCGGCAGAAGAAGAUAGUUUCCGACAACCUGUUGGCGGCAGCCAUCGCCUACAGCGCCGUCUUCCUCGGUGGGCACAGGGUGCACAUAGUGCAGGAUGACAAAGCCGAAUCUCUGUCGCUUGGGCAGCAUCGAUGUUGGAAGGAGCGAGCAUCGACGAAGGAAGGGCUGACGGUUUGGAAUUUGAUGCCACCUGGCUGCGGUCAAGUAGGCUCUUCUUUUGUGCAGCCCCCAAUCUCUCAAUGUUAUCCCAUGCACGGCCAAUUUGCUAGGAUGCUUGCGGAGCACGAGAUGCUGGAAGAGAAAGCUCAGUCCGACAGGAUUCUGGCCGGUGCCAAGACGAUCUUCUUCAAAUACGCCGCGUGCGAGGACGUCUGGGUAGAAGCAUUACUCAAAGUGGUUGCCGUUGCUUUGGUCACGACUGUUUCCGUGAAAUCCUUGCUGCUGACCCUUUUCAUCACCGUUGGUAUGGCCAUUCUCCUUGGUGCGCAAAAGCCAUAUCAGCAGCGUCAGGUGAAUGAUCUGCAGAGCGGCUGCUUUCUUUGCUUGUCCGUGGCAGCCGUGAGCUUGAAGAAGGGCAGCUUUCAGAUCGCUCGAUCUGUGCUGGUCAUACCCUUCCUCGCGGCUUGCGUGCAGAUGCUGCGACCAGGGACCUCGGAACUUUCCGGAGGCAGCUUUGGACGUGCCCCUCUCGAACACGAUUCUCGACUACCUGGGCACGGUCCGCGCUUGGAGGCCUACUACGACCUCCCGGCGAUUUUCUCCUUCUUCUCUGGCAAGUUCCUCGACUUUGUGAACAGUUUUUCCUUUGCUUUGCAGCAAGUGAUCUUCAAGAUGGACGAGCGGAGCAGUGUACCCGCUUGGGAUGGUUCGGCCCGGAGCUGGCGACGCUACACGAGAGAAGUUGCCUGGUAUGUCCAAGGCACACCAGUGCACAAGCGCAGACAUUGCGCGUCGAAGCUCUUGAGCCGACUAUCCGGCCCUGCACGGACCUUGGCAAUGAGUUGGAAUCGCAUGUCCUUCGACCAGCCAGGAGGGACGAAGCACUACCUACAGAAGCUUGCGGCUUCACCCCUUGUCCGCAAAACUUUGCCCAACGCAGCCGCUAUAUGCUCCCAAUACUUUUCCUUCCAAAGGAAACCGGGUGAAAAUAUCUCCAGCUUCCUCGUUCGCGAGUCCCUCGUGCACGAGGAAUUCAGCGAAGCCAUCAUCCGCCUCCACGAGGACAAGCUUGGGGUGAGCCAGGAGAAGCGCGACUUUGGCCUCCCUUCGGAGGAUGCUGAGGAUUGGUCUUCUG